AAACAAAACCUUCUUAGCAAGGUUGUCCGCUGCAACAUUGUCUUUGCGAGAAAUAAACGAGAAAACAGAGGUGGAGAGAUAACAAGUUAAGUUGUGGAUGUCCUGAAGGAUUCCAUAAAGUCCCUUGAUUUGGUCUCUUCCGUUGAUUGCCCUGAUUAGUAUCUGGGCGCCCGAUCUGAUUGCGAUGUUGAUAUGGCCAUGACCUCGAGCUUGUAAGAGUGCUUCACGGAUGGCAAGCGCCUAUGCCAUGAUUGGAGAGCUCACCCAUUCUUCUGUUCCACUUCCUUGUCGAAACGGCUUCCCAUUGACAUCAUAGAAGAUCCAAGCAAUUCCAGUCGUUUUUGUCUCCUCCUUCCAGGCUGCAUCCGUGUUGAUGAUGAUGGUUGAUGUUGGUUGUAUCUCCGGGUCUGUCUAAAGUUCUAUUGCUUGGUGUACCUCUUGUUGUGCUUGUUGCCAUUCUCUAGCGUCAGUGGUUGCUUUUGUCAGUGUGGCCCUUCCAUCGAAUUCUCUGUUAUGGAAGAUCCUCUGGUUCCUAAUUAACCAUAUGGUCCAAACAAUCCAUGGGAACAAAGAGACGAGGUGUACGCCAGUUGGAGGCAAGUUUACUAGCUUGAGCGAUGCUUGCAGCGCUGAUGUGAAAUGUGUUGUUCCUAAAGUGGCUUGUACAUUUGAAAAUGGUGCAGCCUCCCAAACUGAUGUCGCAAACUGACAUGAAAUGAAUAGAUGAUCCACUGUUUCUUGUAGUCUGCAGAAGACACACAUAAAUGUGAGACUUAUGUGAUAAUUUCUCAAAUGAAAGACUCACAUAUUCUCAACUUUAUUAAAAAAAAUAUUUAAUUAAUAACAUAAUCUGUGAAAGGUACAUUUUGAUAAAUUUUAAAUGCAUGUCCUAAAUAUAGAAUCGAAUAUUUCUCAAUAGUAAAAUAUAUUAAAGAACAUUCGUACUCGUCAUAUCAACCUAAUGAACAUACUUACUAGAAUGACUAACGAUAACUAAUCUGAAAAUUAGAUUGGAAACUGUCCGCUUGAUACCGAAUAUUUGCUUCCACUAACUUGUUCGUCAAUUGUUUACGUUAGCCAUACAUUUUAGUUUUAGAGAGAACCCCGAACCCACAAAAUCAUAACCAGCACAUUAACCGAAUCAACAUUUGACACGUGUUUCUGUCUGCUACACUAACAACAACUUUAGCGGACGCUGUCUCGUCAUUCCACUGUCGCAUUUGUACUUGUGACUGUGUAUUUAUUUUAUAAAACAAAAUACGAAGACCACGCCAAACUAUAAUAAAAUAAAUUGAAAUUCCCAGUCUAGAUCUUCUAUAUAAACAGACACGUACAUACCAAGCAUGGCGGCUCAACCCAAAAAAGAAAAUAAAAAAAGGGAAAAAAAAGAUUGAAAGAUAGAGAUAGAUAUGGGAAGAGGAAGAAGUUCUUCGUCGUCUUCUUCUAUAGAGAGUACCAGUAAGAGCAACCCAUACGGUGGCUCUUCAAAUACUCGAAACCUAAGCACGGACCUAAGGCUCGGACUCAGCUUCGGGGCAUCCUCAGGGACGCAAUAUUUCAACGGUGGUUAUGGGUAUUCUGUUGUAGAUCCGUCGGCAGAUUAUACGGUUGCGGUGGCGGAGGAGGAGGAAGAAGAGAACGAGUGUAACAGCGUAGGGAGCUUCUACGUGAAAGUGAACAUGGAGGGAGUUCCAAUUGGGAGAAAGAUCGAUCUCAUGUCUCUUAAUGGCUACCAUGAGCUAAUCAGAACCCUAGAUUUCAUGUUCAACGCAUCCAUUCUCUGGGCUGACGAUGAAGAGAUGUGCGGCCAGAAGAGUCAUGUGCUAACAUACGCGGACAAGGAAGGUGACUGGAUGAUGGUUGGUGAUGUUCCGUGGGAAAUGUUUUUAUCGACCGUCAGAAGACUGAAGAUUUCAAGAGCUUACCACUACUGAUGUUCAAGUCUACUUGUGUGUUUAUUAAAAGUAAUGCCAAGAAAAAAGGUUUUGUCAUAUGUAAAUCCAUCGUCAGUUAUUUAUUAAAAAAAUUCGUUUUUCGUUUA